AUGACGGUAGGUCAAAGCUGGUGCAAGGAGUCCCUCACUGAAGGACAAUUAUUGUGGAUUUCACUAAAUAAUUUUUUAAAAAGGGAGAUUUUUAAGGAUAAGAUAUGAGUUUAUUUAGGAAAUCAAAUAGGAAAUCCACAGAAGACCUGAUUUUAUGGAUUUCUUAAAUCCUCAAAUCUUAAAUUGAAUUAUUAAACAAUCGAUCAUUAAUGUUGAAAGACUAAUUAAAAGUCCUUUUUUACAUGUAUAACUGCUAUAAAAACAUGUUUUUACUAAUCAUGUCAAAGAUGGUUUACUGCUGUACUCUGAUAUUUGAAAAUAGGACUUAACUUUUUUGGUAAAACAUCAUAAUCAGGACAGAUUUUUGUCAAUAAUUGUAAAAUUUUGGGAAAAUUUCCACUCAAUACAGAUCAGUCAGGGUUUUAGUUGAGGUCUAUUGGGCUUGCAGCUCAGCUCGCAGUCCCCCAAAUAACAAAAAAAAGAGCUUUUUUGCAUGAAUCUAAAACAGUCAUUUUCUUGUCUCUCUUAUAGUUUAUUAGUUUCAAUGCAACUUCUGCUCAUAGUUUAGCUGUUUGCAGCUCAGCUUAGUGCCCCGAAAGUGACACAAAUAGACUCAGUACAUUACUGAUUUUGCACAUAAAUCCCCUUGUCUUCAUUUUGAUCAUUGUUUUUUUCACAGGGUCUGUUUGAAGCGACUUCUGUAGACAAUUUAUCUGCUAUUUAACAAUAAACAUCGAAGAAAUACUGUUCUGUAAAUGAGUAAAUGUAGCUGACAGCAGCUCAGCUUGCAGCCCCUCCUGACACUCUGUUUCGCUCAGUGUAAAGCAGAAAUUUUUUUUGUAACUCCCUUUAACUUGAUUACUUUUAUCUUGACAUUAAAAAAUGUGCCUUUAAAAUCUUGAGUGCAUGUCAAUAAACUGAAUUAAAAUCUGACUUAAGUUUUCCAGCAUAAUCAGGAUACUUUUCAAACUAAUAAAUCAGACGCGGAGGUCCUCUUAAUUCUGAUGUUGACCUAUAUGGAUCAAUUAUAAUAAUAUUUUUGGCCGCAUAGCUCAGCCCUAUCCCUGAAUGUGUACCAUGUGCUGACAGUAGAGUGUAUACCAUUACAUACACUCAUACACACACGCACACGCUCAGAGAGAACAUCUUGUCAUUCAUCACGCUGGUGUUGGGUUCGAUUUCCAUGUAGAGGACAUGACAUGUAGGGGUUUAACCUUGUGUGAGUCUCUUAUGUAACAGGGAUGUUCGGGCUGGUGUCACCUUCUCACGCACUAAACCCCAUCAGCUCUGACGCUUCAGAUAUGCUGCGUUUUGAAUUCCAUCUUAACCACCAAUCACAUGAGAUAUCAUCACGAUUUGGAUGUUAUUUUGCCGACAUUUUGAUGAACCAAUAAAUCUUCUUUGUUACUUUACCUUCACUUAAGCACAAAUCGAGACUUUCUAAACCAGAUUACUUAAAUCCUCAGUUUUUCAUCAGGAUAUUUAAGUAUUAAUAUAUGAAUUUGCUUUUAUUUCUGAUAGAUAAUUUGCAAGUGUCUUUGUUUACAUGACUAUGCAUUUCACUAUCUUACACAUUAAAUGAAGUCUUAGAUAAAUAUUAACCGUAGGCCCCAAGUUUUCUACCGGAUACAGAUGCACUUACAGAUAAUUCAGUCAGCACUUUGAAGUCUGAGGACACGUGACGGCAUGUUUGAAGUCAUGUGCAUCAAUAAUCAGCAUGGGUAAAACGAUGGACAGAAAAUUGGAGCUAAUGGUGUCACAGUGCAGCUGCUAAAGGCUGAGUAUCCCUCAUAGAUGAUGCUGUAAGCUGUGGUAAUAUGAAUUGGAUUGAUUUUCAUGAGAUAAGGUAACCGAAGAUGAUGUAAUCAGAAAUGAGGCAAUCCUAAAAACUCAGAUGAACAGGAAACUUUUGAUGUUUUUUCCGGGUCUAAACUACUCACUUUACAGAGCAUCUUUUUGCACAUACAAUUUGCAUGAGUUUCUAGUUUUGCAUCACAAAGUGUGGUUGCAAACUUCCUACAAGUAACUGUUUUUGUGACAUUAUAAAGGGAUAUUCCGGUGUAAAAUUAAGUUAGGGUCAAACACACCGUAACACCGUGUAAGAAACCCCCAGGAGAGAUGAAUGUUGCUGACCGUUUGCUUCUCUAGUUAUACCAACUUCAGUAACGACCGCAGAUAGCAAUAUACAGCGGUCUGAGGAGCCAUAAACAAACCUCAACCAAAACGCCACUCUAUAGCCACUAAAAAUGCUCAAAACAGCACUUAACUUCAUCAACAGUACAUAUAGGGUCCCAGCCAUAGUACUAGACACCAAACAUCUUUUUAACCUUGCCUAAUUUCUUUAGCAAAGAGACUAAAAACAGCUCAACUACUCCCUUCCAGCAGCCGCUUAAUUGUAGCGAGACUUUGGAGAAGCAAGAAGCAAGCGGUCGGCAACAUUCAUCUCUCAAGGGGGUGUCUAACUCAGUGUUACGGUGUGUUUGACCCUAAAUUAAUUUUAUGCCGGAAUAUCCCUUUAAAGGAACAGCAAAACUUAUUAAAAACAUAUUACAAUAUCGUCUUUUUCAUCUCUAAAUUUUCCUCCUAAUCCAUAAAUAAUUGCAGUAAACAACCAGUUUACUUCUGUGUUACAUAACGCCCUAUAGACAAAUGUAAAGUGAGCUGAGUGAUAUCAGGCCUUUAGGUGUUGAAGUGUGUGUCCCAGACAGACCUGAAUAGCUCAGUGAUAGAGCAGAGUACAAACACUCAGAGGGUCAGAGGUCAGUUUCCACGGAGACCACCCACACUAUAACUGUAUUCACAAACACAGCUGAUGUACAAGACCUUGACCCGAUGUUUUGACACUGAAUGUGUAUCGAGAAACUUAAAGGUAGAACUGUGAAUCUAUGAGUCGUACCUCGCUUCUGCUGCUUUUUGUUUAGCAAUAUUUUAACAUCUGUGUCCAGGAGAGAGUCUAGUCCUUCUGCAUCAUUUUGCAGAUCAUUAACUCUAACCACUCUGUUGUGAUUCCUGGCGUUUCUGGGAUUGUUGACAUGAUCAAAACCUCAGAGAGAAUUCGCAGUGUCCGUGUACGGCAUAUUCACGGCUGGAGUUAUUCCCUAAUGAGCCGUAAUGGGUUGGCCUCAUGUCUGGACGAACGGCGACACCGAACCCCAGCCUGGACUCCAGGGUGCCAGCUGUGGUGGAAACAUCAACGUUCAACAGACGCAGCAAAGUGUGUGUGUGUGCGUGUAAGUGCAGGAGGAUCUCAGGAUUCUAUUAACAGACAUGUUUAUACCCGAGGAUAAGCGCUGGCAGCAUCACCAUGACGAUGACCACCACUCCAACAGUUGCAGUGCAUUCCACUCUGACACUCUAGAUGUCUCUCCAUUAGACCUACGGCUUAACUAUGAUGUAACUAUGUGAAAUCUUUACAUGGGAGACAAUAACAACCAGAACCUUGUCCGCCUCUAUGUGUGCGACCGCACCCGGUAAUCAAACAUCACAAACACCAUCAGUCAGUACCUUUACGUGACACUUGAGAAAACCAAAUUAUUGCCUUAUUCCGAUUAAGACUUUAGGACUUUUAGGAACUCUGAUUAAGACACCCAGAUAAUGCGAUUGGAUUUCAAUUUUCUCUACCUUGUAACCGGCGUAGUCAGAGUAUGGUCGGGCAAUGCAUGUGCGUGCGCCACGCCCCUGUAACCCCGGAACAAAAACACCAGAGAAGAGGAGUAGCGUUCCCCCUCAUCUGCAGAAAAAGUUGCGUGUACUUCAUGUACAACAAAAACAACACUGUACGAUACUUCGUCUUCUUGCCCAGCAGCAGUUUUAGCCACUUCUGACAUCUGGCACAGACCUGCCAUUAACCCUAACCGGAAACAGCGCCGUUGAAAAGACCCAUAAAAAUAAAACAAAUUAUGAGCUUAGUCCGAUUAAGCUGUGCCUGUAAACCCACUGACUGUCCUUUUUUUCUGUUUCCCUUCAGGCAGCCACAAAGCUUCUAGACGAGAUGUGUCACCUGACGGCUCAGUCCCUGCCAGCCAUGGACACCUCUGAGCACUUCAAGAUGCUGAAGCUCCUGGGUGAAGGCUCGUACGGUAAAGUCAUGCUGGCUGUACACAAGGAGAGAGGUAAGAGGAGGAAACACGUGAUCAGAAUAGUCAAAUUAAGCCUCAAAAAACACAAACGCUAACAUCUCUCCUCUGUAUCCUCCAGGCACUCCCAUGGCCCUGAAGUUCUUCCCUCGUGAAUCGACCUCUCUCCUCUCUUUCCUGAGGGAGUAUAACCUCUCUCUUUCCUUCUGUACUCACCCGUCCCUGACCAGAGCUCUGGGAAUCGCUUACUCUACGCCGUCACACUACGUCUUCGCUCAGCAGGCGAGUCUUUUCGGGGAUCUCUUCGACGUUAUCCUGCCUGAGGUAAACAGUCAUCAGGGGAGUUGUUGUUGUCUUCCCCUGGUUCAUCAGACUUGACCUUUGUAGGAUUAACUCACAUAUCCUUGUCCUCUUCAGGUCGGGAUGGAGGAGGACUGCUGCCAGCGGGUGGUGUCCCAGCUUUGUGGCGCUCUGGCCCACCUGCACUCACUCGGUUUUGUGCACCGUGACCUCAAACCGGAGAACGUCUUCCUGUGCGACUCAGCCUGUCGAUGGGUCAAACUCGGAGACUUCGGCAUGGUCAGUACUGAACACACACCCGGCUUUAACACUUUGGUCUGAUAAUACAACAGGAAUCCUUACUCCUUAUUCCAAGAUGGAUGCAAAGAGGUAGAGAUUUGCUGUUUUUUUGUAGAGUGACAGACCACGUAGGUAGAGGGAUGGGUUUAGUUGAUGCAUUGACUGAAGAUACCAACUAUUUUAAGUCUUUCUGUGUUUGAAAACAAGUGACUGAUCUGUGAAUCUUCUACACCAGGUAAAGGCCAAAGGUACCAGAGUCCCAGAGGUCUGGUACAGCUCGCCGUACUGCACCCCUGAGGCUGAGAUCGCUCGUGACAAUCAGGACAGCUGGGGGAGCAUGAAUGACAACAUCAAGAGUGACGCAGAGCUGAAGAAGAAAAGCAGAGUUUGGGUGAAUGUGGAGCCCAGCACGGACAGCUGGGCCCUCGGGAUCCUGACCUAUGCCAUGCUCACAGGAAGUCACCCCUGGGGUGAAACAGCCAACGACUGCUUCGCAUACCAAAAAUACCAGGAGUGGUUUGAGAGGGCAACAGGCCCAGAAGACGAACUGGACGUGUGGGCGGAGCCUCAAGAGGAGGGCGCACAGGUUGAUUUAAUAGGCGAACAGUUAGGAAAGAAAGACCGCUCUCCUGUUGCACCCCAGUUCGCAUCUUUCACCCCACUGGCUCGGUCUUUCUUCUUAUCGCUCCUCGACCCAAGGCCCAGGCUUCGUGGGCGACCUGAGGACGGACUGAAUUACCUCGGAGGGGAGUGGCUGAUGGAGAGAGAACGGGUGCGAUUGGAGGAGGAGAGAAAGAAAAGCAGAGGAAAAGGCGCCAUCGGGAACAUGAAGGAGAUGGAGGGGAGAGGAGAGCGAUAG